AAUUACCACAAUAGGUCAUAACUUUUCCGUCUAAAGGGGCCUUAGCUAGCUAGCUUCACCACUCAAACCACACUCACUUGCAAGGUCUGGCUUUUAAAAUGACCAUUCAAAGCUCUGUUCUGCUGAGGCUUGUAGCUCUGGCGAGCUUUCUGGCUCUCCUUGCUCCAUCGAUCGCCGAUGAUUCCUACAGUACUUUCUGUGACGCUCCGUACUUUGAUAGCUCUAAUUUCACUAUUUUUACUGAUAACUUCUAUUGGGGCUCCGCCAUAGCAGCUUAUCAGGUAGAAGGCGAAGUAUUUCUCGGUCGAGGUCCGAGCAUCUGGGACAACUUUACUCACACCUAUCCAGGUAGGAUUGCUGAUAAAAGCAAUGGAGAUGUGGCGGCUGAUUUCUAUAACUCCUAUGAGGAAGAUCUGAAACUAGUGAAGGAUAUGAAUAUGAAUUCCUUUAGAUUCUCCUUCUCAUGGACAAGAUUGUUACCUAAUGGCAAGUUAAGGGACGGCGUGAGUCAGGAAGGCGUUGCAUUUUACAACCGCCUCAUCGAUCAGAUGAUAUCCUAUGGUUUGGAACCGUUUGCCACAAUAUUUCAUUGGGACACUCCCCAAGCUUUGGACGAGGAGUAUGGCAGCUUUUUAAGUUCAAACAUCUUGAGUGAUUUUCUAGACUACGCAGAACUCUGCUUCCAACUAUUUGGCGAUCGAGUGAAAAAGUGGAUCACGAUAAACGAGCCGUAUACUUACUCCGUCUACGCGUACAACAACGGCCAGUUCGCGCCUGGCCGGUGCUCGACAUGGGUGAAUGAAGCUUGUCAAGUUGGAAACUCAUCCAUUGAGCCUUACAUUGUCUGUCACAACCUUCUUCUAGCUCAUGGAGCAGCUGUCCAAUUAUACAGGGAGAAAUAUCAAGAAGUUCAAAAGGGGAAGAUUGGCAUAACCCUAUCUUCGUUCUGGUACCUUCCUUACACAGACAACCCUCUUGACUCUGUAGCAGCAUCCACGGCCGUAGAUUUCAAUAUUGGUUGGCAUUUAGGGCCUAUAACCUCUGGGCAAUAUCCACAGAGUAUGAUCAAGAAUGUUGGGGAUCGUUUGCCAGUUUUCACAGCUGAGGAAUCUGAAAUGCUAAUAGGAUCAUUUGAUUUUCUUGGGUUAAAUUACUACUCAACAUACUAUGCUUCUUAUAAUGACACAGUUGGGAAUGUCGACUAUACAACAGACCAGCAUUUGAUAGUGCAUUUUAACGACAGGGAAGGAGUGCCAAUUGGUCCACUGGCACCUGGUUCAAAGUGGAUUUACGUAUAUCCUGCUGGUAUUCGACAUCUUUUAAAGCAUGCGAAGGAUGUGUACAAUAUUUCGCUAAUUUAUAUCACUGAGAAUGGAAUUAGUGAGCAAGACGAUGAUUCUCUCACAUUGGAGGAAGCUCUUUAUGAUCCGUGGAGGAAGGAGUACUAUCGCUGUCAUCUUUGGAAUGUUCUUAAAUCAAUGAAGGAAGAUGAUGUGAAUGUUGAAGGAUACUUUACAUGGUCAUUGAUGGAUAACUUUGAAUGGCAAUAUGGAUACACAAAUAGGUUUGGUCUUAUCUACAUAGACUUCAAAAAUGGCUUGACAAGGUACCCAAAGGACUCUGUUUACUGGCUCACCCAGUUUUUAAAGAAUGCCAAUUCCUCCAUUAAGGAAGUAGUCCCAGCAGAAGUGACGCCAAGAUGAUCUCGUCCUCUCCGGUUUCCGGUCUCGGAUUCUUAGAAAUCCCUAAUUAGUUUGUGAAAUGUAAAAAGAAAAAAAAAAGAUGCCCUAAUCGAUUUAUUGUCAUCCGGACCAUACGAAUAAAUAAUUUUACUUCAUGAUUUUUACUA